AUAGUUGUGUUAUCCCACAAAUCAUUCACUCUGCAUUCCCCUUAAAAUGGAGUCUCAAUUUAGGCCUGGGUUUGAUGUGAGCCAAGGGGCUGGCGGUCGGGCAUCCAAAUUCGGGGACGUGGUUGCUCCGCCGAGCUCAACGCAGCUUCCCGGCAUCAUCCUCCGCAUCGUCGCCAUCGUUCUGACCUUCAUUUCGGCGGUCGUGAUGGGCGCCGCUCGACAAACCACCACGGUCACCGGCAUCGACGCUGAAACCGCCUUGCUGACGAGCAUCACCGUCACCGUGAAGUCCACCUACUCCGCCGCCUACGUGUACUUUGUGGUGGCCAACGUGCUCGUCUUCUUCUACUCGGUCGUGUCCCUUGUACUUUCCAUGGUGAACAAAGCUCGACUGAUUUCCAUGUCGCUACCCUUCUCGAUCGCCGACCUGCUCAUGGUGGUUCUCCUCUUCUCCAGCAAUGGUGCAGCGGCGGCCAUCAGUGUUGUGGCGGAGAACGGGCAGCAGAACCUGGCCGGCUGGGACAAGAUCUGUAACCUCGUCGGCGGCUUGUGCGCCCGCGUCAACGCCGCCAUUGUCCUCUCCAUGAUCGCAUCGGUGGCUUAUGUGAUACUAGUCGUGUUUGGCAUGGCCAACCUUGGUCGAUCUCAGUAAACUUCCUUAUGGAUUCAAGUAUCCUGUGGACUUGCAGUGAUUCUGUUUCUGCUUCAUCCUGUUCUAAGAUUAGCGAGUGAUGUAGUUUGUGUUUCAGGUUUGUCCAUUCUAAUGGAUCACUGUGAAAGGAUUUGGUAGACUUAUUUGAAUGAACUUGAUUGUUGCAAAGCA